CCCAAUCACACUCACUCACUGUUGUUACCGGUUAUGGGAGAUUGAUUUGCUGGGCACAGCAGUUGGACAUGACCAGCUGUGAUCAGGGAAAUUAGGCGUGCUCAGAAUGGACACUUCUAUCAAAUGCAUUUUUCUGUCUACUGUGUGCAUCUUCACAGCGGAGGCUUACGCAGGAUCUGGAUACAGCCCAUUAGAAGACGAUGAAGAUGCUUAUGCAAAUGAAGCACGUUACGCUAAAUACGAAGAUAUUCCCAGGUGCGCUCCUCUAAAGAUCAAACAUGGUUAUGUCCAUUGCAGAACACCACACGGUGGAUAUUAUAAAAAUGUACAAGGAACAACGUGUGAUAUUUCUUGCCAAAAAGGAUAUGAAAUUCAUGGAAUUAGCCACGUCCACUGCCUAUCAAACAGACGUUGGUCACAAACAGUUAGUUGCAGAGAAAUACGCUGCCCAAAGUUUUCAUUGCCUGUCCAUGGAGGUGCAAGGUGCUCUGAUGGAGCAUAUUUUAACUCGAGGUGUGAGUUUUACUGUACUCCUGGAUAUCAAGUUAAAGGACAAAAAAGUGUGGUUUGCAUGCACAAUAAAAGGUGGAGUGGAAAGGAACCAUCUUGCCUUGAUUUAGACCCACCAAAAAUAAGAUGUCCCAGCUUGAAGGUGAAGACAGCUGAACCUGAAAAGCUGACAGUACGGGUGAACUGGGAUACUCCGGAGGGAAAGGACACAGCUGAUGGCAUUUUGACCAAUGUCAUUUUAAAAGGCCUUCCUCCUCGCUCAGAUUUUUCAGAAGGCCAGCAUAAAAUUCAGUAUACCGUUUUCGACAGGGCUGGAAACAAGGCUUCUUGUCGGUUUACAAUUAAAGUGGAGGUUAGACGCUGUGGGAAGCUCUCUCCACCAGAUAAUGGCUCCAUGAAAUGUUCGAGUGAUGGAGAUAAUUAUGGGGCAACUUGUGAAUUUUCGUGCAUGGGUGGCUAUGAAUUACGUGGAAGCAAAGCAAGUGUCUGCCAAUACAACAAUAUCUGGUCAACGGCUGUACCCGUCUGUGCACCCAUGAACAUUAAUGUGGGUGUUACUACAGCAACAGCACUUCUGGAUCAGUUCUAUGAAAAGCGUCGUUUGCUGAUCAUAUCCACUCCUUCUGGUGCAAAUCACUAUUAUAGAUUCCAGCUUGGAAUAAUUCAGCAAGCCAUAUGUGGCUUUGACUUGAGACAUGUGACAGUCAUAGAACUGGUUGGUGUUUACCCUGUGCUUGUAGGGAGGAUAAGGGAAAGAUUCUUGUCACCACCACUUGUUUUACAGCUGAGGUUGCUGCUUCGGAUUUCACAGUCGAGUUUCAACAUGGUGCUUAUUGACAAGUAUGGUAUGGACAAAGAGCGCUAUCCUUUCCCAGUCACUGCUGCUGAGCUAUUCACAUUGAUCGAUACAUUUUCUCUACGAAAGAAAGAAAUCAAGUUGCAAAUUGAAAAUGGUCAGUCAUGCAAUUGAUUCCUAAGGUUCAGGAUGAUCCUCCGGUGGAAUUGCAAUUUAAUAGGUGCAUUUUUAAACUAUAUACAUAAAUAUUGAAAUGCUAUUAAUAUAUAAGAAGUGCCAUAUCCUGGAACUUUUCUGUUUAGUUUGAUACCUUUUGCUAUGUAUUGCUUUGUUAUUAUGAAUAUGUAAAGUAUUGUGCAUGAUGUAAUUUAUGCCGCUCGUUCAUUAAAAACUGUACAACAGGAGUCAUACAGCAUGAAAGCAGACCCUUUGGCCCAAAUCGUCCCCACCAACCAUGUUUCCAAACUAAACUAGUCUCACCUGCCUGUGCUUGGCCCAUAUCCCUCCAAACCUUCCCUACUCCUAUUCAAAUGUCUUUUAAAUGUUGUAGCUGUUCCUUUAUCCACUAUAAUUUCUGGUAGUUCAUUCCACUUAUUAACCAUACUCUGUAUAAAAACAAAAAUUACCCUCAUAUCUUUUUAAAUCUUUCUGAUCUCACCCUAAAUAUAUACCCUCUAGUUUUGAACUCACCCAAUCUAGGGAAAAGCCCUUGUCAUUCACCUUAUCUGUGUCCCUCAUGAUUUUGUAAACCUCAAUAAUGUUACCCCUCAACCUCCUGUACUCCAGUGAAAAAGUCUUGGCCUUUCCAAUAUUUUUUAUAUCUCAAAACUUCCAUUCCCAGCAACAUCCUGGUAAAUCUUUUCUGAACCCUCUCCAGUUUAUUAAUAUUUGAAAAUAGUAUGCCUGGGAAGAUUUAACUAGGUUUGGGAAUAUGACAGAAUUGUUUAUUCUAUUGCUUGCACCUCUUUAAAAAUAAUAGAUUAUGUUCUAGUGCAAUAACAAGUUGAUUCUUAUUGUUGACAAAUGCCACUUGUUUACACAUUCAAUCUUUUCUUUCUCGCUGGCUGAAUCCAUUGCCUCUGAUUAACAAUGUACUGCUGAUAUAAAGUUCUAUUUACUACAUAUUGCUAAUUUUCCUCCUCACUAUUGUAUAGAAAUUGGAGAUCCAAGUUUUCUGAGUGCUUUCAGUGCUUGGUCAUUCAGGUGACGUAUUUCAAUGAAGAUUUAAGACGGCAAUAAUUAUUUUUUGCUGGGUUUGUAGGGAAGAAUAAAUAUAAUGAGCACAUUUAACUAGUAGUCUGAAUUUUUACAUAGAAAAUGCCUAUUGGUGAACAAUCCAAUACAGUUCAGUGCAGCCAAAAUUUAUGAUAUUGCAUUAUAUUAGUUCAUUCUUCUGCAUGAACACAUUAGAAAUGGAUGCAAAGGCAGUCUUUGUAUUGAAGAAAUAAUGUACAAUAAUUGGCAUAAAUCUAGUCACAUUGUUUUGUGAGUAUGUUUGUAUGUGUUGAAGCAACCAUUCAAUAAAAGAGUUAGAGGUUGACAACAUUGUAGAAAUCAUUACUGUUGUACUCAGGAAGAUUCGUAAUUCACAUCUUUAAGAUUAAUGCUGUGCAAGGGUUUAAAUAUGUAUGAA